GCCCAAAGCGGUCAGUGGAGGGUCAAAAGUGAGGCGGCGCAAGACCCGGUUUGGCCCGAAGCCGGCGGGCCGCGCCAACGCAUUCAGGAGGUUCGAUGCAAAGGCCUCAUCACGGAAUGGCGGGGCUACAUGGGCUGGAUCGCACCCCUUUCCAAGAUUGAUCAUGAUCAGGCCUCCAGGCAUUGGGGCUUAAUUUACGUGAGCCAGCGGGAUGUGGUUGCGCUGGGCACUGCGAUGCCAUGGAUGCGGGCAGGGCGCAUUGUGGAUUUUUUUGUUUAUUCUGAUGGCGACGGCUUGGGUGCCGAAGAGGUCCGAGCUCUAUCACCGCUGCGUGUAACCUUGACCCACGCUGAGGCUCGCGCGCUACUCCGCCAGGGCAACCCGCAGCGGUGUGAGUACCUGAUGGAUUCUGAGCAUUACUUAAACUUGAUGCAAGACCAUCUCGGAGUGCUGGUCAGGAAAUACUCCUGGCCUCUGCCAUUCGUGACUUUGGAGCUUUGGGGGCUAGCGGAGGAUGUGGCUUCUGCAGCCUUGCGCUACUGCAGCUCUGCUGGAGGCGCAGAACACCGGCGACUGCAGCUCCUGCUGCCCGAGGACCGGGUUGCCCAGGUGGAGCAUCUUCCAGGCAAACCUAAAGUUUCCACACAUGCUGUGGUGCAAACGCCAGUUCCCUGCCGAAGUCUUGUGAUGGAGUCCUCUGAAGCGGAAUGCCAGAAGGCUGUUGUAGCCUUCCUCCUUGCCAUGGAGGGGCGGAUGGACUCAAGGCGGCGACCUAGUGCGGUGCAGAAGCGUGUUGGCUAUGGCGCCGCGGUCACUACGCCCGCUGCUGGGGAUGACCUUGAACGAAAGUUUCAACUCUUGCGCAGUGUGGGCGAAGAGUGUCAGACCGAGCCAGAGCUUCGCGAGCUGCUCGCGCGAAAGAAAGACUUCAUUCUUUACGAUGGGUUUGAGCCCUCAGGGCGCAUGCACAUUGCGCAGGGCCUCUUCAAAGCUAUCAACGUGAACAAGUGUACAGAAGCUGGUGGAAUUUUCAAGUUCUAUGUUGCAGAUUGGUUUGGGCUAAUGAAUGAUAAGAUGGGUGGAGAUUUGAAGAAAAUCCAGGACACCGGCAUGUACUUUGUACACGUGUGGAAAUCCUGUGGCAUGAAAAUGGAAAACGUGCGCUUUGUUUGGACUUCACAGUUCAUCGAAGAGAAUGCAAAGGAGUACUGGACGAAGAUGUUGGACAUCAGCCGGGUCACCUCCCUGCUACGAGUCAAGAGGUGUUGCACCAUCAUGGGCCGUGAAGAGGGAAAUCUCACGGCAGCACAGAUCUUGUAUCCACUAAUGCAGUGCACAGACAUCUUCCUGCUCCGUGCUGAUGUUUGCCAAUUGGGCCUGGACCAACGCAAGGUGAACAUGCAGGCUCGCGAAUAUUGUGGGUCUGUCGGCAUCAAGCACAAACCGAUCAUCCUGUCGCACCACAUGAUGAUGGGUUUGAAGGCUGGUCAAGCCAAGAUGUCCAAGAGCGAUCCAGAUUCUGCCGUUUUCAUGGAGGACACACCAGAAGAUGUCCGACGCAAGAUCACCAACGCAGCCUGCCCACGCGAGAAGGAGAAAAAGACCUCCAAGCAGAGCGAGCUCACGGGUGAGACGGGGACGGGGGACGAGUGGGUGCUGAACAAUCCCGUGAUCGAUUACAUCCGAUACCUGGUCUUGGAGAAUGCGAAAGGUCGCGGCACCAUCAUGGUCGAUGGCCAUACGUACGAUGAGGCUGAUACUUUGGAGCGUGAUUUCGUCGAAGGACGACUCUCGGAGGAGGGUCUCAAGAAUGCUUGCAUCGAGAAACUGAAUGCCAUCAUGCAUGGUUGCCGGCAACAUUUUGCUGAGGACAAGGAGGCUUCUGACCUGGUGGCGCUGGUAGAGCAGCACAAGGCAGAGGUGCAGCGCGAGAAGGAAAGCGGUGAGGUGCGGCCAGCUCCACUCCGGAGCCUCCAAGUCUUCGAGGCUCCCGUCCAAAGCGCCGGCCUCGUCUUCGCCCCGCGGCCGGGCCCCGACGUCGUGGUCACGGCCGAGGCGACGCUGGCGGCGCUGCGGGGCCUCGUGCGAGCCCAGAGGCAUGAGAAGGUGGUUCUUUGGUGCGAAGACUGGUCAUGCAUAGCCCUGGACAAGAUGAGUGGCGAUGUCAAGGCCAUCCGGGCCUACUAUGACAUUCUGGCAGAAUCUGUGAAAAAGCUUGCAGCCGAAGUUAAGGUCGAGUUUGAGGUGAAGGUCCAGUCUGAGGAGAUCCUCCGUGACCCAAACAUGUACUGGAUCAGCGUCAUCGACGCUGGGCGGCGCAAGCGGAGGCAAAGUGUAGGGGAAGGUGAGGAGCCUAUGAUUGGCUUGGAGGAGGUUGCCGCGCACCUGCCCGAGACUCUGACAGAGAGUGGUCAAGUUGUUGCCUCGCUCAUGCAUGUGGCUGAUGUGGUUGCCUUGUGCCGCGGGGUACAAUGUGCUACCAUCUACACAGACGAGCACCUCCAGAAGUAUCACCAGCUGGCAAGAAGUUACAUCCAGGAGAGCUUCAGCAGUGGAGCUCACUCUGGUCAGGUUUGUGUGUGCGACAUAGAUGCGGAGAGAGCUCGGGCUCCUAAUCUGUCGCUGGUUCUCGGUGAGGGUGAGAGUCUUUGGAACGGCAAGAUGAAGAAGAGCUAUUGUCUCGAAGGCGAACUCGAAAACAACCCCCUAAUGGAUCUGCUCGACUUGUUGCUGAAAUGCAGCCUGCUGGACAGCGGAAGGCCACUGUUGGAAGUGAGACAGAAGGCAGAGCACGGCGGAGACAAAGACUACGCCUCCUUCAAAGACGUCGAGGAGGCUUUUGCUCGCAAGGAACUCCAUCCUUCGGCCUUCAAGCCUGCUGUACAGGACGCAGAAGAUACCAAAAAGCAAUCAAUUGCUUCAGACUUGAAAAACCGAAGUCACUUCUUUGUGCAGGAGCGCGCGAAGGCCGCACUGGCACCCUUGAUGCUGCUACCCAAAGAUGCGGCUUUCAAGUGCCUUGGCUCUCCCCAAGCUCUUGGUGCUGGUCGAGUUGACGGUCAUGAUGCCUUCGCUCAGAUCUUAGAUUGCUGCGCAUCUGCGUGUAUGUUGAAGGGCUCUGUGUUUCAGGCCGAUCGUGGCCAUGCCUGUGCCGGGUGCCGGGUGCGGAAGAAGCCUCCAGGGCACGGAAAAGAUGACAAGGUGACGACAGUGUUCGUUGGGGGUCUUCGAAAAAGCACCACUGAAGACAAAGUUAUCGGCCACUUCUCCAAAUUUGGACAGGUGGACAACGUGGACAUCAAACGGCUUCCUGAUGGGACUUCUCGAGGCUUUGCCUUUGUGAAGUUCGUCGACAGGGAAUCCGUUGACAAGGUCAUAGAAGCAAAGUCCAGCCACAUGAUUGACAACAAAUGGGUGGCUGUCAGACCGCAUGGAGGCUCUGCCUUCGCUGCUGUCCUGAUUUGUGUGGGUACAGUGGGCCACCAUUGCUCACGAGUGGGCUAUGCAUUUCCGGAGGCGGAGGAGAUCCGAAAGAAAGAGAAGCAUGAGGACGACUUGCAGCAGGAGGACUAUGAGGAGAAGUGGUCUGAGCGCUACCUGCAGCAGGCUGCUUCGAUGCAGAAGGACGAAGGUGGGGAGGACAGCAAGGAAGGGGAGGCAAUGGGCAUGAACCCCAUGAUGGCCAUGAUGGGGAUGAUGAACCCGAUGAUGAUGGGUAUGAUGAACCCAAUGAUGAUGCGGCCGCCCAUGAUGAUGGGAUGUGGUUGCCCAGGCAUGAUGGGCUGCGGCCUGCCUGGCAUGGCUCCCGGCGCUCCUGGCGCCGCCCCAGCACCUGGUGCUGCACCUGGAGCCCCAGGAUCAACUUCCGAGGCGACACCGGCCCAGAGCAGCAAUUCGCCGGCUGAGGAGAAGGGUGACGGCGCGCCAGCUGCGCCCGCUGGUGCGCCGAGUGCAGGCGGCUGCCCUACAGGCUGCCCCGCUGGCUGCCCUGCUGGCUGCCCUGCUGGCUGCCCCACUGGCUGCCCCAUGGCAGGUAUGGCAGGCUGUCCCAUGAUGGGAAUGCCGUGCAUGGGCGGCUGCCCGAUGAUGGGCAUGGGUGGCAUGCCGAUGGGCUGCAUGCCAGGCUGCAUGCCUGGCAUGUGUGGGGCACCUGGCGGCCCGACUGGCCAAGCUGUUCCAGCUGAGCCAGGGCCGAUCAAGGAAGCUCCGUCGGAGCGCUCUGCACCCUACUGA